GGAUGUUCCCUCAGUGAGCUUCUGGAAGCCGGAAGUUAGGGUGGCUUUUGGGUGGCUGUAGGCGCGGUGGUGUCUUGGGCCACUUGGGAGACUUGAAAACGCUGAUCAGCAGGUUCCCGGCCAGGCUGUUGUCUUGCUUCGGGUUUCCCCUCCCCGCCAUGGCGACAUACACCUGCAUCACCUGCAGGGUGGCGUUUCGGGACGCGGAGCUGCAGCGGGCGCACUACAAGACGGACUGGCACCGCUACAACCUGCGGCGCAAGGUGGCUAGCAUGGCCCCGGUGACGGCCGAAGGCUUCCAGGAGCGGGUGCGGGCGCAGCGGGCGGUGGCGGAGGAGGAGAGCAAGGGCACGGCCACUUACUGCACCGUGUGCAGCAAGAAGUUCGCCACGUUCAACGCCUACGAGAACCAUCUCCGGUCGCGGCGGCACGUGGAGCUGGAGAAGAAGGCGGUGCGGGCCGUGAGCCGGCGGGUGGAGAUGCUCAACGAGAAGAACCUGGAGAAGGGGCUGGGCGCCGACAGCCUGGACAAGGACGCCAUGAACGCGGCCAUCCAGCAGGCCAUCAAGGCCCAGCCGUCCACGUCCCCCAAGAAAGUGCCCUCCGCGCCCACGGCAGCCUCCCCGAGGGCGGAGGGCGCCGGCGCCGGCGCCAGCUCCAGCGCCAGCGUGGGCAGACGGGGCGCCCAGGAGCGGGACCCCACGGAGAAGCCGCCCCGGCUGCAGUGGUUCGAGCAGCAGGCGAAGAAGUUAGCGAAGCAGCAGUGGGAGGAGAGCGAGCAGGAGGACGAAGAGGAGGAUGAGGAAGAGUGGGAAGAUAUUGACUCAGAUGAUGAUGAAUUGGAGUAUGAAAACCCUGGAGUGGAGGACCAGGAUGCGGAAGAUGCAGAUGCUGGGGAGAGCCCAACCUUAGGCGCCAUCCCAAUAACGGACUGCUUGUUUUGUUCCCAUCACUCAAGCUCCCUCAUGAAGAAUGUGGCGCAUAUGACUAAAAUCCACAGCUUCUUUAUUCCUGAUAUAGAAUAUCUUUCAGAUCUGAAGGGGCUGAUUAAAUAUUUGGGAGAAAAAGUUGGUGUUGGCAAGAUUUGCUUGUGGUGCAACGAGAAAGGGAAAUCCUUCUACUCCACAGAAGCUGUGCAGGCACACAUGAGUGAUAAAAGUCACUGUAAGCUCUUCACAGAUGGUGAUGCUGCUUUGGAAUUUGCAGACUUCUAUGAUUUUAGGAGAAGCUAUCCAGAUUACAAGGAGGGGCAGGACCCUGAUGAAAUUGAGGAGUUGUCCUCAGAAAAGACUAUGGAAUAUGAUGAUGAAACCAUGGAGCUGAUACUUCCUUCUGGUGCCAGAGUGGGUCAUCGCUCCUUGAUGAGAUACUAUAAACAACGAUUUGGCUUGCCAAGAGCUGUGACAGUUGCUAGAAACCAGAAGGCUGUGGGCAGGGUACUCCAGCAAUACCGAGCCCUGGGGUGGACAGGCAGCACAGGAGCAGCUCUGGUGCGUCAACGGGACAUGCAGUAUGUCCAGAGGAUGAAAUCCAAAUGGAUGCUGAAGACGGGAAUGAAGAACAAUGCCACUAAGCAGAUGCACUUUAGGGCCCAAGUGCUAUUCUGAGAGACUGAGCUUGAGAGAUGUCUCUCAUUGCACUUUCCUCCCUGUUUGAGGACCAGUGAAGUCAGAUUGUGGAAUGAUCUUGUGCUGCUACAUCAUUUGUUUUGAUCUAAUAAAGUCAGAAUCAUGUUA